AUGUCAGUCGGAACUUCCAUACCCCUGCCGGCCUAUACGCUGGACCCGGCGUUCAUGGCCCGCACGGCCGAGUCGCUGGGGUUUGAAUCCAUUUGGUACGCGGAGCACCCGAUUUUGCCGGUGCAGAGCGGAAGCCAGUUUCCCUCGGGUGGCGAGAUUCCGUGGACCUACGCCCACUUCGCCGAUCCGUACAUAGCGCUGGCUCGAGCCUCCGGAGCGACGUCCACGAUAAAGCUCGGCACGGGCAUCACGCUGGUGCCGGAGCGUAACCCGUUGCUGCUGGCGAAAGAGAUCGCCACGCUGGACCGGAUCAGCGGGGGAAGGUUCCUGUUCGGCAUCGGCGCCGGCUGGAACCGAGAGGAAACCGAGAUUUUCGGCGGCGACUUCGACCACCGGUGGACGCAAACCCGGGAAGCCGUGGCCGUGAUGAAAGAACUGUGGACCAAAGACGAAGCGGAAUUCCACGGGACGUACUACGAUUUCCCGCCCGUCAAGUCGAACCCCAAGCCGAUUCAACAGCCCCAUCCGCCGGUGAUACUGGGCGGGCUGGCGCGCCGGGUUCUGCAGCGCGUGGCCACCUGGGGCGACGGCUGGCUGCCCAAUCGGAUCACGCCGGCCGAACUGGAAGAGAGCCGCAAGCGUCUGGACGAACUGGCCGAAGCGAGGGGGCGUGAUCCCAAAUCGUUGACGAUCUCGGUGUACGGCCAGGCUCCGGAGGGUCAGCUGGUGCAGGACUUCCUCAACGCCGGAGCCGACCGCGUGGUGGUCCGCCCGGAGCACUGCGAGACGGAAGAGGAAAUGUCGGCCCAGAUGGAGCGGAUUGCAGAAGCGGUGAUUCGCUAA